AUGGCCAAGAAGUCGUCUUCUACUGAAUCUUUGAGCAUCCUGAGAUGCAAACGGAUCAUUCGACCGUUGAUAUCUAAGAUCGCUACUCUUACUGAUCUUUACAUCAAACAUCCUACAAAAUUUGACCUAGACAUUGAAAGCUUUGAUAUAGUUCAAAAGAAUCAUGGUCGCUCGUUACACUUUAUUAGUCCUGCCAAUUCUACGGACCGCCUACAGUCGUUGAAACCAUACCUUAGUCCUGAGCUUCAUCAGGCUUAUAAAGAGAUCUUCGUUAUCUUUAAGAACAUUAUUCUUGCCUGGCUGCAAAACUCUCCUGAUACCGGAAAGAUUCCUAAACUUUCGACCUUGUCUUCGCUAAAGGUUGGCAAGUGUAUCACUUUGGGAACAAAAAGCUCUCAUUAUAGGUUAAGUCAGACUGCCUUGUUUGAUGCUGACACCCUACCGAAGUAUUUACAGAAGUAUCACGAUGAACUCUCUGAUGACAUUGACGACUGGCUCACGAUGGAACCGGAGUACGUGAUCGAGGCUCACCGUAAAGACUUGCUAUAUGGUUACCUUAUACACUUAUUGAUUUUCAACCUGCGAACGGUAUUUUACUGUCUUUUGCCUGUUCUUAUACAUUGGCUCCAAGAGCAAGAAAGCAACGAGCUUCAUACGCUUCUGAGGACGUUACUUUACGAAUACUUUGUGUUUCUGUCUGUUGAUACAGAUCAACGGGCAGUGGCUGAAUUGACGACGGAAGUUGUACAACAUGACCCUAGUCUCCCGGUAUUUUGGCUCUUCCACAAUAUAGGCUACUGGAGGAAGCUAUGUGAACUCUGCAAGCUUACAUCUAUUCAUUCCAGCUCUCCUCGAUAUCAGCCAUAUGAUUGCAUUUUCCUUGAUGUGCUUGCAAAAACAGACCGUCUUUUUCUCACUGAUGGAAUAGACCUACAGCACAUUUAUCAUACACUACAGAGAAACGCUGAACACCCUCAUAAUACGUUCAUUUUGACAUCUAUUUUGGCCCAAGUAAUAAGUCUAUUCAAGAAAAGCUUGGAUGGGGCAUCCACUUCGUCAGAUUCAAUUUUGGUUUUAAAAGCUUCGUUGAAUGACUUUUCUCAACUCAUUCGAGUCUGGCUUUCUUUGAGCAGUGAUUGUGUUUUCAACUCUUUCGAUGGAGGAAACGAGGAAGCAUUUAAAGCUCUAGAGGAUGUGUUGAGCUAUAUGAUGCGCCACUGUGCUCGAGUAAUUCAGUAUUUGCAUGGUGUGGUGGAACGUCUGAAUGGCAGCGCCGCUAGAGGUGCCCUUAAUGACUUUGAGUCCAUUGUACAUCGUACACAAGAACUACAUACGAAUACUGUGGUGUUGAAAUCCUAUUACCUAGAUAGACCAGAGCUUUACGAUAUUGGCGGUGCCAAAGUCUCCGAUGUGAGUCGACCACUAGCACAACUCAUGGGACAUAACUGUGAGUACACGGAGGUUGUCGAUUUCUUGGUUUGGUUACGUGAUCUUGAUGAUCCUGAGGGAUUCCGAAUGUCUAAACCUGGUGUUGGGAGACAUGGAUAUUGA